GAAGUAAAACACGCUACAUACUUAGUUGUUCAUAUAUACAUAUGUGUGUAUAUACGUAUGCAUCCAAAAUCAAUGGCCAUACCUAUAAUGUACAUACAAAUGUAGAUAAUUUUGUUUGCAAAGUUUUCGGGACAAAGUGACGCCCUAUAAAUUCGUCAUGGCUUUCAUUACACAUGCAUAUCUAGAGGAAUGUAAGAAACAAUAUCUCGAGCGGCGUGAGAAGCGGCAUGUGAAGACAUAAAAUCAAUACCACGCUAAAUAAAUGAAAAAAAACAAGAAUUCAAAUAGUGAUAGUGCUUUUAAAUAUCUCUGAAAGAUAACUCUUUCUUUACGUUUUUGCUUUCGCCCAUAUACAUAUGAUAACUCCAAUCAUAAAAUAAAAAAAAAAUAGUAAUGAAAGAAAUGCGAUAUGGUAUUACAAAGCUGGCGUCUGUUCGGAGUUUCAGUAACUAUCAUUAUUUAUAUAUGCAGCGUGUUAUUUCUUUCUAUGAAUAGUACCCCUCGCUCAAAUCAAAGAAAUGGUCAGGCUGAAAGAUUUGCUGAGUUCGCCAAUUUUCGUAAUACGAGGUUUCGUGGUUUCACAUCCAGAACUAACAUACGCUGGUGUAAUGGCCUCAAGUAUCUUAAGACAAACCUUCCAAAUAACAUGAUCACAAUUAUAUCAACUCUCGGCAGUAAUAAAGCGGGCACUACAGAAACGAGUAAAAGUGAAACUGAAUAUCGAGUACCUGGGCUGACUGCAUUAGCAUCCUUUCCUGGAAGCGGUAACACUUGGCUUCGUUACUUAUUGCAACAAGCGACAGGAAUUCUAACUGGGAGUGUGUACAAGGAUUAUGGUUUACUGAAAACCGGAUUUCCCGCAGAAAAUAUUCGUAAUAACUCCGUAUUAUUAGUCAAAACUCAUGAGUUCGGUCCUAAUGCGUGGGAACCAUUUACUAAGGCCAUUUUACUUGUACGUGACCCAGAAAAAGCAAUUUUGGCAGAAUUUAAUAGACAAAGCGGGGGUCAUAUUGGAUUUGCAUCUCCCGAUCGCUACAAAAGAACUAGAGGAAAAUAUUGGACACAAUUCGUAUUAAAAAGCCUAAAAAUGUGGGAGGCUACUAACUUAAGUUGGGCACGAGACUUCUCAGGCAAUGUCAAGGUUGUGUUCUACGAGGACUUGGUCGGAGAUUUAGAAAAAACGUUGAGGGGAGUUCUAAACUAUAUAGAAUUUCCUAUUAACGAGAGUCUCUUGAGCUGUGCUUUGACGAGGAGAGAAGGUGUGUUCCGGAGAAAGAAACGAUUUCUAAAUUUUGAUCCAUUUACUCUAUCCAUGCGUUCUAUAAUUAAGCAGAAGAAACUAUCAGUAUAUAAAUACCUUGAGAAGCUUAAAUGAUGAGCUUCCACAAAUAAGCUGUAUUAUUUACAAGUACAUACCUAUUUGGCGCGCUUCAUGACCGCAUUGUAAUUUAUACUUAUAUAUACUCCUAAGUGUAUUCAUUAUAUGAUGAUUCUAAAGCAACCAUGGAAUAAAGUACCAUGGAGUCUGCUCAAAUUAUUAAUACGUACUUACAUAUUUUAAGCUCGCCAUUUUUUGAUUUGAUUUAUUCAAAUAGUUUUCUUUAUUUCUUUUGGAAGAUAUAUGUAAAUAGGUACUACAUAUGUAUACUUUGUAUGAUCAUAUAUAGUUAUGUAUUAGACCGGGGUGCUUUGUAUAAUAUACAAUUUUUCGAUGCGACAACGCGCCGCACACUGGGGAUUUAGCGGAAAAAAGUCAAAUUUGCAACAUACCACCUACGCAUUGUUUAAUGGUAUUUCUAAAUUCCAGAAUAGAACCAACAAUAAAAUCAAAAAGAAUUACUAAACUCCGACUUACAGUUUUUUUUAUAGAUAUGUCAAAAGUAUAAUUUUUUUAUAGUAUUGAACUGACUAAGAAAAAACUGCAAAGCCAAAGGUGGUUUUUUUUCCUUUUGCUUGAGCCGACUUCCAAUUUUUUAUUUUUGAUUUAGGGUAUGAUAUUUUUAUAUAUUUUAGCCGGAAGAACAAAGGCUGUGAAGCAUUUGAUUAUCUAUUUAUAAUUAAUUUUACGAAAAAAAAAAAAUAAUAAUAAAAAUAAUAGCGUCUCUUUUAGUUUUAAUCAAUUGCAGGUGCCACCAGGUGGCACUGAUUAUUUUUUGGCA